AUGAGAGCAAGACUCGACGCACUUCGAAACGACCCUAUUUUCAAGGACUCCUCCGGAGAAACAAAUGGGAAUCAAUUGAACUUGAUGGGACUCAUGAUGAUGGAGAUUCUGCAAGGGAAUAGGGAACGAUCGAAAACUGAGCAAGAGGAAUGCUCUAACAUGUUCAAGAAGUUCUGCACUCAUAAUCCGCCAACCUAUGACGGCAAGCUAGACCUCACGGAGUUCGAAGAAUGGCUCAACAACAUGGAGAAGCUGUUUGAUGCUACUCAAUGCCCUGACAAGUGGAAGGUCAACUUUGCAGUCUUUUAUCUGAAAGGACAAGCUGAUCUGUGGUGGAAAACUGCAAAGGAGAUGCAAGAUCAACCGAUUUUUGGUUGGGAAAAGUUAAAAGAAGCUAUGAGAAGACAAUUAUAUCCCCCGUCUCUACAGCUGCAAAUGGAGUUUGAAUUUAUUCAUCUGAAGCAGAGGAACAUGUCUGUAUUAGAGUAUGCAGUGAAGUUUAAUGAGCUCGCACGAUUCGUUCCCGACUUAGUAACCACUGACCGACAGAGAAUGAACCGCUUUGAAGGAGGCCUGAACCUUGACAUCCAAGUAAAAUUGGCAGCGCACAUGAGUAACUCCUACCAAGAACUAUAUGAUAGAGCCAUCAAUGUCGAGCGGAAAAUGAAACUCCAUGAAGAGGUGUACGAGAAUGGCAAAAGAAAAGAUAAACCCCAUAAUAGUCAAUUGAGCAAUGGCUUCAACAAGAGGCUAAACACGGGGUACUCAGAGGCUAAUCAUUAUCAAAGACAAUUCCUACAAUGUAACAAGUGUGGUAAGCAAGGACACCUAGAAAAGGAUUGUCGCCAUGGAACGGGUCAAUGUUUUCGAUGUGGUAAGCGAGAUCACCUAGUCAGGGAUUGUCCCAUACCAGACACUCGAGGCCAAAUCCGGGAGAAUUUCGGCCACGAAAGAAUUCAAGGGAAUGAUCGAAAUUUUAAAUAUAAUGGUAAUACAAGUAACAAUAACAAGAAUCCCACACGAGGAGCUUCACAAAUUGGAAGAGUAUACACGAUGCGACAGACUGAAGGUGACGAUGUUGCCAAUGGUACUCACUCAAAUUCUAAUAUUGAUGCUUAA